AUUCUCCGAAUGUCAAUAUAGCAAACCAAACUGACGUCACAGUAAUUGAGCUAGACACGUAUAUUGCUGAAUGCUUAGUUGACUCUAAUCCUAUAGCGGAAAGAAUAUGGAUACACCCAGAUGGUUCUACCUCUCUUGGAUCAACACUUGAACUAGAAAACGUAUCACGAACUGACAGUGGCACAUACACGUGUUUUGCUGAAACUGUAUUUUGGGAUGGAUCUACCGCAUCAGACAGUGAUUCUAUGAAUAUUAAUGUGCAGUAUCCGGCCAAUAUUUCACUUUUUGGAUCCUCUAAUGUCUAUGAAGGAAGUGAGGUUGUAUUAGUCUGUGUAACAACUGAUGCUAACCCUCGUCCUUAUGAAAUGUAUAUAAACCACACAGAUGACAAUGGCAAGGAUAAUGUCGUGGCGGAAGUAGAAUAUGAUUUACAUAUACUAUAUAUCAUUACAUCAAUUAGUGAAGAACACAGUGGAACUUAUACAUGUUAUGCAACAACACGUUUUUACGAUGGUACUAUUGGCGAAAGUACGAGUGGUGAGAUAGAAGUAAACGUACUUCCAUAUUCACGAGAAGAUUGUAAUACAAAUGGAUGGAUUGUUGCCACAACUCUUAAUUAUUUGCAUUCUACUGAGUAUGAGGAUCUGCGCAUGAAUGCGAAUCCAGAUCACGUGUACAUGAAACAUGGUGAGCUACCAUGGGAAAUUCCAAGAGACGAUAUUCGUCUUGGAGAAACCAUUGCAGAAGGGUCAUUUGGAAAAGUAGUGAAAGCGUCGACAACGAGUAACCAAUCAGUAAAUGGACAGUUAACUGUAGCUGUAAAAAUGUUAAAUAGUCCUAUAUUCAUUGUACUGGAAUAUAUGGUUUUUGGUAACCUCCAAACUUAUCUUCGUGAACAAAAAACAAAUGUAGGAAAUACAUAUGCUAAUCUAAGAGAACGUGUAUCCACUUUAUCUCAACACAAUUGUGUUGGUUUUUCACAUCAGAUAUCUCUUGCAAUGGAAUUCAUUGAAGAAAAAGGUUGUGUUCAUCGGGAUUUGGCUGCUCGCAAUGUAUUAUUGAAUGACAAGCUAGUAUGCAAAUUAUCUGGAUUUGGAUUGGCAACCGAUGUCCUGGAUCAACGUGAAUAUGAGAGAAGGACUCAGGGACGUUUACCCGUACGCUGGAUGGCACCAGAGUCUAUAUUAGACGGCGUGUAUACAAGCAAGAGCGAUGUUUGGUCAUACGGUAUCGUUUUAUGGGAGAUAGCAUCACUAG